UUACCGUCUCCCUAAGUUAGCGGUGCUGGCUCCCAUCAGACAUUCACUGCUCGUUCAAUCGUCGGGCAAUUGACAUCAUUCGUUUUUUUUCUGUCUCGAAAAAGAAUUCAAAAAGUGUAAACAACACAAAUCAGUUUAUUUUUAAGUUCAAUUUUGUUGAGGUAAUUGAGGAUUUUUUGGGAUUUUGUUGGAGUUCUAUUGAACAAGAGGAUGGAGAAGGACCAGCUUGACUCUCUGGCCACUGUGGCUGUUGGGUCUGAGAAAAUUCCACCUCCUCCGCACAGCCAUUAUGCUCCUAGUGAAGUUUAUUCGUCGUCCGAAUCACCACCGGCAUAUUCUCGUCCAGUCAUGAAGAGUACCGCCGUUCAAAUAGCGAGAAUUAUCGCUAUAACUCUAAUCGCAAUGUCCCUAAUCAUUGGAAGUUUCAUCUUGGCAGCUGCAUUCCUCGAGGCGCGUGCAUCCUGCACCCCAGAGUCAAUCGCUGCGAUGCAAGCGCAAUUGAACAACCAACAGGGUGAAUCAUUCAGGAAACUUCAGCCUGAAGCCCUUAUCCAGGAGCCACAAGAAGCUAAAGAGAGCCUCCAGAUCCUGCCAGCAGUAACCGAGAAAAAGCUCCAGGAAUCACCCAAGGAAGAUAAAAAAUCCCAGAAAGAUGACAACGAUACCACUAAGUCGGACAAUGAAAGUGGCGAUGAGAAUGAGAACGACGACGAUUACGAGGAUCCUGAGUUCCCCCCGGUUCACAUUAAACUGCCACUUCAGCUUGACCUCGAUGACCUAGCCGGUACGAUCAUGCAACAGGCGAAGAGUCUCGUCUCCUGUGUGGUUGAGCGCCGCAGGUCUGACGAACUCACUGACGGAGACAACAAUCUUGAGAACACUACCAAUGAUCCUAAGAGGCUCCAGAAACUUCGUGGAGAGAGAGUUGUCAUUCUGUGCGAGUCUGGAGAACCUCGUCGCCAAGAACAAGAGCAAGAUCUGCUGACCCCAAUCAUCGUACCCCUGGGUCCAAUUCCAAUGCCAAUGCAGCAGCAGGAUCAGGAUUACCAUCGUUACCAGGUGCCAAAUCAAUUCCCAAUGCCUGAGAAUCAACGCUCACCAUUCAAUUUCAGGGGAAUUAAACCAAUCGGAGGUGUAUUCCCACUCGAGUUCAAGAAUGUACCACAGAUGAUGGACAUGGGACCACCUCGAGGACAGCCACGCCCACAAAUGGACAUCCGUCCAGUUCCAAUCGAGCUUCGCCCUGUUCCCAUUGAAAUGAUCCAUGGAAUGAGACCACCAAGUGACCAAGAGCACCAGCAACACGUAUUCCCUCAGGAGCAAAACACCUACCCUCAAGACCCACAGCCCCACGGUAUGGUCCCACCACCUCCACCUCCACCCCCAACCUCCCAAGAGCUGCCCCAGGAGCACAGAAUGAUGCCACAGGUGAUCAUUCGUCAGCAAGUUGAGCAGAGGCCACAGUCUCAGGAGAGUCAGGAGAGACCAGUAUUCCCAUUCCAAGGAAUUCCACUGGAGAUCAGAAAAAUCAUUCAGCAGGUACCCCUGGAAAUUAAAAACAUCAUUCAGCAUAUUACUGGGGAGGCCAGACCUGUGCCAGUGCCUGAGGGAGCUAGACGUGAGCCAGUUCAAGAGUUCAAGCCCUUCCCAGAAGGUCCGCGCCCCAUCCCCCUGGACUCUCUGAUGCUUCCGAUUGAAGUGAGAAAUCUCCUGGAGCACGAUAACAUCGAGGGACGUCGUCAAGAAGACUCAGAGGAGCAACAGGAACAAGCGAAACCCUUCCCAGGACCUGAAGACCAAGGAGAGGAAGAGGAGAAGAAAUUCCCGGUGCCUGCUGACGUCAGGAACUUUAUCCACCAGAUAGUGGAGGGUCGUGCUUUCCCAGUUCCACGAUUCUCGAUGCCAAUGAGACCUGUUGAAUCUUUCGAAGUACCCAUGCAGGUCAGUGCACGAGUUGUUGAGGCUGCAGGAGGUGAAGAGAAUAAGGAGCAGCAGCAGGAGGAACACCAGGCUCCUCAGCAGCCUCCGGCGCAUGCUCUCGGCGAGCAGCCGGAGGAGAGUGAAGACAAACGUCCCCACUAUGUCCAGCCACGCUCAGUGCGUUCAAUUCCUGACGCCCUGGCCCACCCACGUGACAAGAGAACUCGUCGCUGUGCCUGCGACUGUGCCUGCUAGAUUAUCAAGCAGACAAAACUUACAAUUCCCAUCAUUUGGGUGCAUUCCUUCAACUUUCUCUGAUGCAUAACGUUAAAUAAAACACAACAAAAAUAAUAAUAAAAUUACUCAUUCGUGAUGAAUCAUUCAAAGUAAUCGGAAGCCUUAUUCAACAUGUAAAUAAUGGCUGUUUCGUACCAGAUGAGGAUACAAAGUGAUACUUUUUCUCCAUAAGGAUUGUUAGCUGUUGAUCGUUUGACAUUUUAUGAGAGUGGUGAAAAAAGUAGGAUGGAGGAAAGCGAAAGCGAGUUGCUACUUCAUUUUAAUUCCCUAUGAAACUUGCUUUCUGUAACAGUUUUCUUUUCCAAAACACAUUCUAUCCAUUUGUGAUUAAACUCGAGAUGAUUUUCUCCUUUAUCGAGGCAUUUUAUUCUAUUCCCUAAGUUUUUAUUUUUUAAAUUCUCAUUAAUCUCGGCGUUACAAACUCUAAUGCUAUAAUAUGUGAUCGAGCAAAUCAGCCUUUACCACUUAUUUUUGUGCAAUUCAUCAGAACCACUGUACUGUAAUUCUGUAUAUUGAUUAUAUAUUUCUUUUUCUCUCUCUAUUUGGUAAAUAAAUUGAUGGACGCUCCUUGGUUUAGUAAGAAAGAAUAAAAAAAUGAA